AUGGCGCAAAUCAACCUCCAACCACCGGCCAUGCCGGAUGGCAAGAAGAGAAUAGCAGUCAUGACUUCUGGAGGCGAUUCACCAGGCAUGAGCGGCACAGUACGAGCAGUGGUGAGGCAGACGAUCGCAUCGGGGUGCAUGGCAUUCGCGGUCUACGAGGGCUACGACGGGCUAGUGAAGGGAGGAGACAUGAUCAAAGAGAUGGGCUGGGAAGACGUGAGAGGCUGGUUGUCUGAAGGAGGCACGCUGAUCGGUACGGCAAGAUGUGCUGAGUUCAGGGAGCGGCCGGGGAGAUUGCAGGCCGCGAACAACAUGAUUGAGAAGGGGAUUGAUGCGCUGGUGAUAUGUGGUGGUGAUGGGUCACUGACAGGUGCGGACAAGUUCAGGGACGAGUGGCCGAGUCUCAUGGAGGAGCUGGUCACGAAGGGCUUGAGGUCGAAGGAAGAUGUCGCGCCGCACAUGCACUUGAACAUUGUGGGAUUGGUUGGCUCGAUUGACAACGAUUUGAGCAGCACGGAUGCGACGAUCGGGUGCUAUAGCUCGCUGACACGGAUAUGCCAGUCGAUCGACUACAUCGACGCCACCGCCUUUUCGCACCAACGGGCUUUCGUAGUUGAGGUUAUGGGAAGACAUUGCGGCUGGUUGGCGCUGAUGGCUGGUGUGAGCUGUGGAGCGGACUUUAUCUUCCUCCCUGAAAACCCACCGACCGAGAAUUGGGAGGAGGAGAUGUGCACUAUUGUGAGGAGGCAUCGGGACAUGGGCAAGCGCAAGACUAUUGUCAUUGUCGCAGAAGGCGCUCAUGAUCGCAAGCUGAAUCACAUCAACCCGAAGAUGGUGAAGGAUCUACUGUCGAAUAAGGUCGGCCUGGAUACCCGAAUCACUACUCUGGGACAUGUCCAGCGAGGUGGGCCACCUUGCGCUUAUGAUCGGAUGCUGUCGACACUGCAGGGCGUCGAGGCGGUCAAGGCAGUUCUCGAGGCGACACCAGAGACACCAUCACCAGUGAUCUGCAUUGUCGAGAACAAGAUCGUGCGCAAGGACUUGAUAAAAGCGAUUCAAAUGACACAGCAAGUGGCCAAAGACAUUGAAGCCUGUGAUUUCGAUGCUGCUAUGAAGGGUAGAGACGCCGAGUUUGAGGAAUACUGGCAAGCGUUCAACAUCACGACCGCAACUGAUAAAUCAGAUAUGCUUCUACCAACAGAGAAGAGAUUGCGUGUCGGCAUCAUCCACGUCGGCGCGCCAGCUGGAGGCAUGAACGCAGCUACGCGCGCUGCGGUUGCGUACUGCCUUACCAAAGGUCACACACCAGUAGCGCUCCACAAUGGCUUCCCUGGCCUCUGCCGCCAUCACAACGACAAGCCGCUCGGUUCCGUGCGUGACAUUAACUGGCUUGACGCGGAGCAGUGGGCAUCCAGAGGCGGCUCGGAGAUUGGUACCAAUCGAGGCUUGCCCUCCGAAGAUAUGAAGACCACCGCUUAUUGCUUCGACAAGUACAACAUCGAUGCCUUGUUCGUCGUCGGAGGGUUCGAGGCCUUCACCGCCGUAUCGGAGCUUCGCAAGGCACGAGAGCAGUACGAUGCGUUCAAGAUUCCGAUGGUCGUGCUUCCGGCAACCAUCUCGAACAAUGUCCCCGGCACGGAGUACUCCAUCGGCUCGGAUACCUGUCUCAAUGCUCUCAUCGAUUAUUGCGAUGCGAUCCGACAGUCUGCUUCGGCGUCCAGAAGGCGUGUCUUUGUGGUGGAAACGCAGGGUGGUGCGUCAGGGUACAUCGCUACCAUCGCUGGCCUUUCGAUCGGUGCCCUGGCCGUUUACACCCCGGAAGAAGGUAUCCAUCUCAACAUGCUCGUAGAGGACAUCAAGUUUCUCAAGGAGCAAUUCGCGAAAGAUGUUGGCCAUGCCCGAAGCGGCAAGAUCAUACUCCGGAACGAGAAAGCCAGCAAAGUCUUCACGACGGAGAUCAUCUCGGACAUCAUCAAGCACGAGAGCGGUGGGCGGUUCGAUUCCAAGUUCGCAGUACCGGGACACGUACAGCAAGGUGGUAUACCCAGCCCUAUGGAUCGCGUCCGCUCUGUCCGUUUCGGUGUGAGGUCCCUGCAGCAUCUGGAAUCCUUUGCUGGAAAGAGUCACCAGGAGAUAGCAGACGACCCGAUGUCUGCCGCAAUCAUCGGUGUUCGUGGUUCGCGCGUCAAGUUCAGUCCAAUGGAACGCAUCGAGCGCGAAGAGACUGACUGGAAGGACCGUCGGCCCAAGGAGGAGUUCUGGAUGAAUUUGAUUGACAUCGUCGAUACGCUGAGUGGGAGACCGAAGGGGAGCAGGACACCUAUGCCGGGAAGUCCAGCAUUGCAGGGGAACGUGCCGCAAGACCACACGCCGAUGCCUGGGAGCCCGGUCAUGGACGGCCAUCGUACGCCAGCGGAGCCUAUCCAGCCGGCUUCAAACGGUAGCCUGAGUGGGCUAAGGUUGCCGCCUACGUCUGCUCCACGAGGUUGA